AUGCCUCGAGCUCAGGAAGAGCGCCCGCAGAGGCUGGUCAAGCGCUACCGCACCGAGAUCGCCGCCAGCACGUCGAGCAUGUUCUCGACUGUCCUCGCCUUUCCCCUCGAUAGCGUGAAAACGCGAAUGCAGACCUACCGAUACGAAGGCUUCCUCGAUUGUGUGAGGCACACAUACCGCACCGAGAAGUUGAGAGGCUUCUUUCGGGGCGUCCUUGCCCCAAUGGCCAGUAUCACACUCGUCCGAACCAUGUCCUUUUCGAUUUACCAACGCGCCAAACACAAUUACUCGGGCUGGGUUAAGAACGCCCUGGGAUUCGACGUGCUGCAACAUGUGAAUAAGAAAGGCACAUAUCCGAAUUUGUACUCCAUUGCCUGUUUUGGAGCCGCCGGCGCCACCGCCGGCUCAUGCAUCACGCUUCUCGCCUGCCCCUUUGAGCUGACCAAGCUCAGCGCGCAGGUGGCUGUCUUGUUGUCAGACCAGCAAAAGCUCAAGGAAGCAAAUUGCCGCGCCACUAAUGGACAUCAGGUUGCAGCAAGCUACCAAAAUAAGGGCACAUUCAAGACCAUGCGCAACAUUGUUCGUCAUAGGGGUGCUCUGGGGCUUUACACUGGCUUCAACUUGCACUUGUACCCCAUCGACUCGGCAAAGAGUAUCUACCAGCGAAACUCUCUCUUGUACUCGAAAGGGCAACAGGUUGAGCCGCCGCCGAAGAUUGAAUUCUUCAAACGAAAUAUGUAUCGCGGACUAGGGGUUUCGAUGGGUCGCUCAUGCGUCGUCAACGCCAUCUUUUUCUCUGCCUUCGAAUUCACGAAGAAGCAUCUCAACUCCCUGGAUGACAACUAA